AGCCGCUCUGUUACUAAACCAGUAGUUAUCCCUAAUGCUGAAGAGAUCAAGGCAGCCAGGAGGCAGCGUCGCACUAACCGAGCCCAGAAAGAGUUCAUUUCCCUUGGUAGAGAUGGCCACAGCUCCGCUGGUAGCACCCCGGAUCACUAUAGCAGGGACAGCGAAGACGACAGAGCUGAGGAUGAUGAUGAUGAGCCAGAUGAUCAUGAGAGAAGAAUCGAGUUCGCCCCACGAUUGAAGAGCAUCAGGGAGAGGAUUGCUGAGAAAUUUGGAGAAAGUGAUGGCAGUCUCUCAGGGACUGAUGAGCAGGAACUUUGGGAGGAGACCCAAAUUGGGAAAGGAAUCAAGAGACGGCCAAGAGAACAGAGCCCAUCUGGCAGUGAAUGCAGCAGCUACAGCAGCAGCAGCAGCAACAGGAGAGACCGGCAAAGACAAAAGAGAUCAACAGGGGUUAAAAUCCCAAAGAAUCUUCCUCACAUCAGUGUCUCAAUGGUC